GUGUUUGUUUAGCUCAAAGUCGUUCAUCGCGCCAGCCCGUCCCGCGCGGGCAGCGGAAACACUGUCAUACGACUUAGUGACGAUAUAGUUGCCACAUUCAGCUUUAGUUGUCUUAAAACUAUGUUAAUGUAACACUCCCUGAAAGGAAUGAACGUGAUAGCGGUUACCUGCUAGCUUACAUCAACUUUGGCUAAUCACGUUAGCGUGUCGCGCUGGCUUUGCACAGUGCUGCACAGACUGGUCACCUGUAAUGACCGGCGGGUACCAACAGACACGGUGGUUUGGGGAUGCCGUUAUAACACAUUGCUCGAAAAUACGCCAUCUAAGUUAGCUACAAUGAGCUGUCAGGGUGAUCACACAGCUCCACUGAGGGUGUUGGUGACAGGAGGGUCGGGCCUGGUGGGCAGGGCCAUACAGCAUGUGGUCAAAGAGGAGGGGGGAGCCAAGGAGGGCGAAGAAUGGAUCUUCCUCUCCUCCAAAGAAGCCAAUCUCAUGAACAUGGAGGAGACGCGGGCGGUGUUUGAAAAACAUCGGCCAACCCACGUCAUUCAUCUGGCUGCUAUGGUUGGAGGGCUUUUCAAGAACAUGAAGUACAACCUGGACUUUUGGCGAAACAAUAUCUACAUCAAUGAUAACGUGCUGCAGGCAGCACAUGAAGUUGGUGCUGUCAAGGUUGUUUCCUGCUUGUCCACGUGCAUCUUUCCCGAUAAGACCACCUACCCCAUUGAUGAGACCAUGAUCCAUAACGGCCCCCCGCAUGAGUCGAACUUCGGUUACGCCUACGCGAAGAGGAUGAUUGAUGUGCAUAACAGGGCGUACUUCCAGCAGCACGGGCAUUGCUUUACAUCUGUGAUUCCCACUAAUGUCUUCGGUCCCCAUGACAACUUUAGCAUUGAGGACGGACACGUGCUGCCAGGACUCAUACACAAAGUGUACAUUGCUCAUAAGGAGGAGAAGCCCCUGGUGGUCUGGGGCUCCGGCACUCCCAGAAGACAGUUCAUUUACUCUUUGGACCUGGCUCGUCUCUUCCUCUGGGUCUUGAGAGAGUAUUCAGAGGUCGAUCCAAUCAUUCUCUCUGUUGGAGAGGAAGAUGAAGUGUCCAUCAGAGAAGCGGCAGAAGCAGUUGUCCAAGCGCUGGACUUUAAAGGAGAAGUGGUGUUUGACACCAGUAAAUCAGAUGGCCAGUUCAAAAAGACAGCAAGCAAUGCGAAGCUGCGCCGCUACCUGCCAGACUUCACCUUCACACCCUUCAAACAAGCUUUAAAGGAAACCUGCGAUUGGUUUGUUGCCAACUAUGACUCAGCCCGGAAGUGAAACCUCUGCUGAACAAGUCCAUUCUGUUAGAGGAGGAGGUGGUGGUGAGGGCGGAGGUAGAGAACAAGACGUUUCUGCACCAACUGAAUGAAGUCUGUUUGAUUCGGUCGCUCAGUGAGCUGGACUGAACUUCUUGCUUUGAAUUCAAGUCUGCAACAUCACCCAGUGUGAUGAAGACUUGUUUCUCCUUAGACAUACUGUAAAUGUAGCCACUGUAUUCUACUGCCUGCAUGUAGACUUUCUUUCACUGUUGUAGUGUUAUUUGAAGAGGUCAAUUAACAAUUCAAUCUUAAAAACCCCGGUGCUGGCACGAUUUGAUAAUGGUGUGGUUCAGAUCUUUUCCAGCACUUCGAACAUUUCACACCAAAUUACCUCCAUUCUUGAAGGGUUUGGGGCUUGAAGUUAAAAUGGAUCUGAUCUUGAUUCACUUAUUUAAUGAACAAAAAGACUGUUAUUAUACGUGCUGUUUAACUGGUGGCACUGAGCAAAAUAAAUGUUUUAUACCUGCA